ACUAGUGCGAAAAAUUAUAAUGAAAAACUAAAAACAAAUGAUCAAAACAAUUUAUUUUUGCUAGGAAAAAAGGCAGUUUUGAAUAGAGUAAAAAACAUUGCAUUUUCAGAAAUAAAAAAAUGAUUAUAGCACAAUGACUGAGUUCCUUGAUGAAAAUAAUGCCUGUGGCCAGAAUUUGCUGAAUAUAGUUUCGGUGGGUAAUUCGAUAAUAGCAGAAAUCCUGCGCCUCAAGGAUUAUGUUCCCAGUAUUUAUAGAUUGGACAACAAGGCAGAUAAGGCCAAAUAUGGGGAGAUUAUUUUAGAUUUUAGCUAUUUCAAAGUGGCCGAGGAUCACGAGAAAAGGAUCGAACAAAGUCCGGAGUUGACCGAACUUGAUGAUGAGGCCCGUGCCCAACUUCCGUUAAUCACCCGUUUUUAUCUGGCCUUCCAAAGCAUCCACCACUAUGCAUCCGACCUCCGGCAGUAUAUAGAGGAGCUCAACAGUGGCUACUAUAUACAACAGACCCUGGAGACAGUUCUCCAGGAGGAGGAGGGGCGCCAACUGCUCUGUGAAUCUCUCUACCUAUUCGGUGUGAUUCUACUUCUGCUUGAUUUUCACAUUCCGGGAGAUGUGAGGGAACGCCUGUUGAUAGCGUACUAUCGCUAUAGUGGAGGAGAUGCCACCCCCAGUGGAGAUGAGAGCAAUAUUCAUGAUGUUUGCCUUCUACUUCGAUCUACGGGCUAUGUCCAUCCUUCGGAGGCCGCAAAAGUGAUGAGCUUAGGGGGCAAACAGGCAGCUGCUGCUGCUGCCAAUCUAGUGGUUCCCAGGUAUCCGGAAGCCUACUUCUCUCGCUUCCCCUUCGAUGAGAAUUUUGUGGAUCUUGUGGUGGCCCGACUCCGAUGCGAUGAUAUAUACAACCAGUUAAGCUUGUACCCACACUCUUCGCACCGAUCCACCGCCUUGUCCACUCAGGCUGCCAUGUUGUACGUGUGUCUGUAUUUCUGCCCGAAAGUUCUCCAUUCCCAAGGCUCUCAGAUGCGUGAGAUUGUGGAUAAGUUCUUCUGCGACAACUGGAUUGUAUCCUUGUACAUGGGCAUCACUGUUAAUCUUGUGGACGCCUGGUUGGAUUUCAAAGCCGCUCGCUCUGCUAUCGAAAAUGUGAUAAGUCCGGCUGGGAUAAAAACUCUCUGCCAACAGCAAAAGGAGCAAUUGGGCAAGAUACUGCAAAAGACCCAGGAGAUUGUUCGGGAGGGAGUCCUAAAUGAUGACUUCGUUUUGGAGCACGCCAACAAGAUCAUCCUGAUGAUGAGGCAGUCGAAUGUCCUGCUCCGCUGGUUUUGCCUACACACCUCGACGGAAGUUUUCGUAUUUGCAUACACCGCCACUCUACCAGCGCAAGUGCAACAAAUGGUGCUCCAGGAACUGCAAUUUGAUCGGAAUAUGCUGUAUAAUUUGUUGCUGAACUGCAGCCAAAUGGAACUGAGUGUCAGGGAGUUCCUGACGGAAAUUCAGCAAUCCAAAGAGGAUCGCUGGACGAAAAGCAGGGAGGAGGCCAUGCAAAGGUUAAAGGAGUUGAGUGAAGCCUUUGCGGGCUCUAGACCUUUGACCAAAAUCGAGCAAAAUCCUCAGUUGCAGCAGUGGUUUGGGGAAGUGGCCGGACGACUUCAGAAACUGGAGUUAAGCAGGCCACAGAAAUCGGGAAGGUUGAUUAUUCAAGUGAUGCAAGCACUGGACGAAGUUCAGGAAUAUCACAAUCUCCAUUCCAAUAUGCUUGUAAAGCAACAGUUGCAGGAAACGCGGGACAUGCUCAAUCGGAUGACGCAGCUAAUAAACCUGAAAGAAGACAUCGAGAUCCACAUCCAGAUGAUCACCGAUUUCAGCUACGCCUGGCAUCUUCUGCAGCGCGACUUUACGCCUCUCAUGCAGGAGCACAUCAAGCGACAGCCGCAGGCGGUGAUUGGAAUCAGGGCAGUGUUCCUUAAAUUGGCCAGCACCCUAGAGGUGCCGCUGAUGAGGAUCAAUCAGGCUAGGAGCGAGGAUCUGGCCUCCGUGUCAAACUACUACAGCACGGAGCUAGCUAAUUUCUUGCGUCGUGUUCUACAAAUUGUUCCAGAGACCAUGUUCAGCAUUCUGGCCAGGAUUAUCCAUCUGCUGACAAACGUGAUCAAGGAGUUCCCCACACGAGUAGAGAAGGAACGUCUCAAGGAUUAUGCACAGUUUGAAGAGCGCGCCAAAGUGGCUCAGCUAACUAACUCGAUUGCCGUUUUCACCAAAGGAAUCCUCAUGAUGAAAACGACUCUGGUGGGAGUAAUCGAACUUGAUCCCAAGCAAUUAUUGGAGGAUGGCAUACGAAAGGAGUUGGUUAAUCAUCUGGCCAAUGCCUACAAUCUUGGACUGAUAUUUACGCCAGAAAAGGGAAAAACACCUGUGCAGCUUCUUCAACAGAGACUUCAAGCUCUGGCCAAGACGAUAGAAGGAUAUCGCAGAUCCUUUGAAUAUAUAGAAGACUAUUUGAGAGUCCAGGGACUUCGCAUCCUGCUGGAGGAAUCACAGCGUAUCAUCAAUUAUAAUGUUGAGAAGGAGUGCAACGCCUUUCUGCGCAACAAGGUGCAGGAAUUUCAAUCCGAGCAUCAAAGCCAAAUCAUUCCCAUUCCCAACUUCCCACCUGUUGUGGGUGAUUCUUCCAAUAACUUUAUUGGUCGUCUAGCACAUGAAAUCUUGCGCUGCACAGAUCCCAAAAACACGAUAUUCUUGGACUUGAAGAGUACAUGGUAUGAAAAGAAAGCUCCACACCAGGAAGUCCUAGCCGGCUCGGCAUUUUUUGGGAUGCUACGGGAAGCUUUGGCUCCGGCAGGAAUGGUAGGACUGGAGCGCCUAUACGCGCAUAUGUUAGCAGAUGAGUUGAAGCGCAACCUGGAGAGGCUACAGCGGAACCUCAUUUCGGAUCGCAUGUGGGUUGAUGCCUUGGCAAGCUUGACCCGGGAGCUCGAGGCACGGGACUUUCCAUCUCCCGAAGUGGCAAAGCAGCCUUUAAAGUAUUACCAAGCAUACACGCAAAGGUGGCUUAAGGUUUGGCCAACGCUCUUAGAUUGGGUCCUAUCCAUCGGACAGAAGCAACUGCUGCGUCGGGAAAUUGCUGGAGAAUUAAGCUUCAGCAGCAAAUGUGAUGCUAAGCUGUUAGAGAACACAGCCGAUACGCUAAACAAGGCUCUUUUGUUGGAACUUUCCCUAAGCAAGGAUCUCUGUGAUGAGCAGGGCGUUCGUAUGCUCACCGAGCUGCAGGAAACCCUUCUUUAUACAGGAAAUUUUGAACCGCUGGAACAGGUCUUUCUCACGACGAAGAACACACACAACAUGUCGCUCUUUCUGUUUUUGUUCACCAUUGCCCAUUUGGGUCGGCUGCAGCAUUCUGCGAACACCGAUUGUCUAUUGCCAAAGUCAGCUAAAGAUUCCAUUGAUAAUGUGCCUUUCAUUGUGGGUCUUCUAACGAUCCUGCAACAGUUCCACAGGAACGUCAAGAUGUUGUACAUAUCCUACAUGAGUCAGUAUGUGGUGACGGUCUCGGAGGCCCAAUUAUUGGACAAGGAAGUCCUUGGAUCAGAAGUGGUCACUGCCCUUCACUUCCUUCUAGCUUUUAUUCGCAUUGCUCGUUUGCCACUGAGAGUGCUGGAACAGCGUAUACCCAACAUGAUACUAAGCGAGUAUGAGUACCUAUCAACGCCCUUAAAAUAGGAUAUAAAUCAACGUUUGGGCUACACAAACUUUAAUAAAUCCGAAAACGUAACAAGGAAAUGCCUCGCUGAGGUACAAGUGGAGAUUGUAGUUGGAUGGGUUGGUAAUCUCAUUGAUUCUUUUCAAUAAGGAACUCUUUACGUGAUGACAGUG